AUGGUCAACUACCGGGAGGAGGAGGACCUGGACGACGACGACUACAUCUUCUGUGACGAGUGUGACCGCGAGUGGGAGGGCGACUGUCCUGUCCACGGUCCGCUGGAGGUCGUACCCGACACCAAGGCCACCGACUCGGGCUACAGCUGGGAGAUCAAAAAGUGUCGCCGCGUGCACCACUACGUGAACGCCGGCGACUCGAGCUCCAGCAACUGGCUGCGGCUGGUCAACUGUGCCCGCUUCGAGCAGGAGCAGAACCUGAUCGCCUUCCAGUACAAGGGCCAGAUGUACUACAGGACGUACAAGCCGAUUGUGAAGGGCUCCGAGCUGCUGGUCUACUAUGGAGACGCCUACGCCCGGGAGCUCAACAUCAAUGUGCAGACGUUCAGGAAGGCUCCGGCCGCCGCCCCGCCGCCAACAGCCUUCGUGUCAGGUGGCUCCACGGUCCGCUGCGUCCACUGCGACUACGCCUGUCUGGGACAGGAGCGGCUGGACAGGCAUGUGAAGACAUGGCACGGUCACAUCGGCAGGAACGGACGGCACAAGUGUGAGCGGUGCGAGUACUCGACGAACGAUGUGCAUCAUUUCAGUAACCAUCGCCUCACCCACACGGGAGAGCGGCCACACCGCUGUGACGAGUGCGGCAGGACGUUUAUUCAGCUCAGUGAUCUGACCCGUCACCGCCGCAUACACACCGGCCUGAGACCGUACGUGUGUGACGUCUGUGGGAAGGCGUUUAAUUACUCCAAUGUCCUAACGACCCACAGACGGAUCCACACCGGGGAGAAGGUGCGUCAGUGUGAGCAGUGUGGCGCCGUGUUUAACAGACUGUCUCAUUACACCAGACACAUGCAGUCACACAACGGAGUGAAGCCGCACCGGUGCCAGGUGUGCUCGGCCCGGUUCGUCACACGACAGCACCUCACCACACACAUGCGGACUCACACGAGGGAGCGGCCGUACGGGUGCUCCUUCUGCCCGGCACGGUUCACGCAGCAGUCGCACAUGAGGAAACACGUCAUCGCCCGGCACACACACUACCGACACAGGUGUGAGCGGUGUGGUAAGGGAUUUGUGGCGCCCAGUAAACUGAGGAAACACAGCGAGAGGUGCACGGUGACCAGCUGA